AUGACGGCCAAGAGCCCACCCACGAAACACAGAUUGUCUGUUAAUUCAGUUCGAGUUUUCAGUUUUGUGGAUGCUGAAAAAGCCUAUAUAUCUGCAGAUUUUCUUUCAGUGUGCUUUCUGACUAUUGCCGGAAUGAUUUCUACAUUCCUGACACAGGCUCUGCUGUGCAGUGUCUGGUGUCCUGUAGCAUCUACAACUAUCUUCAGUCUAGCUCCCAACCAGUUAUUCACAAUGGAUGCCCUCAAUGGUGUUGCUGAAACUGAAGAUCCUAAACAAGCAUCUACUGUUCCCCCUGUUCCAGACCUGGGGACAAAUGAAACUGAUCCAGUCGCAGAUGUUGGAACUCACGAAAACAGUAGUGCAGCAGGAAAACAGUGCUUCUGUGACAGUCCUGCGCCUGAAGGACAAAAGGGAGAACGGGGUGAAAAAGGGGAUCCAGGUAACCCAGGGAAAAAAGGAGUACAAGAGCCUUUGGGAGAAACUGGACAACAAGGACUAAAGGGAGAAAAGGGUAAUCAAGGAUCCAAAGGUGAUCUAGGUAAACCAGGGCCUCCUGGUCAGAAAGGAGAACAAGCUACAAAAAUGUGGCAUUUACCUUGGCACAGAGCCACCUUCAUUAUACUUAUUGCUGCUGCUGAACGCACAGAGGCGAAAGCUACCCUGGCUGAAAAGUUUACUAAGAUAAAGGCUCCAGAGAUGGAGGUCACUGAUGGCCUUGACACAUCCAUUGUGCCACCCACUGAAGAAAGUCCGUUCACAGAACUAUCGGAAACAAGCGAAAUGCCGGUGGAGUUAUCCUCGCUGAAGCCGGCCUUCAGAACGGCCACCACGCUGUUUCCUUUUGAAAAUUUUACUCUUGACACAGCUGAUUUCUUUUUUAAUUGCUGUGAUUGCUGUACCCCUGUGUCAGGUCAGAAAGGGGAACCAGGAGAGCAUGGACUGCCAGGUCCUAAAGGAGAGCUGGGAGAUGCUGGCCCUCAGGGCCUACCAGGAAUUCCUGGACUUCAAGGUCCAAAGGGCUUCAAAGGAGACAAGGGAGAUAAAGGAGAACAGGGUGACCAAGGAACAAAUGGAAUUCCAGGGUAUCCAGGUAAACCUGGAGAACAAGGUGAAGCUGGAGUUAAAGGAGAUAAAGGAAACUCUGGCCUUCCUGGAAUGAAGGGACAGAAGGGAGUGAAGGGGGACACUUGUGAGAAUGGGACCAAAGGAGAGAAGGGGGACAAGGGAGAGCUGGGCUUACAGGGGCUAGAUGGGGAAAAUGGAGAUAAAGGGGAAAAGGGAGACCUGGGGGAAAAGGGGCAUUGUGGGGAACCAGGGGAGAGAGGAGAGAGGGGGGAAAAAGGGGAAGCUGGAAUAAAAGGGGAAAAAGGCAGCAAAGGAGACACUGGAGUUGAGGGUAUUCCUGGGAUGAAUGGACAACAGGGAGAAAAGGGUGAGCCAGGCAAUAAGGGUGAAAAAGGGGACUUGGGACCAGCUGGUGUGAUGGGACCUCUUGGGCCAAAGGGAAAUCCUGGUAGUAAAGGGGCACGAGGAGCUAGUGGAAAGAAAGGCUCCAGAGGUAUCAAAGGCUCCAAGGGUGAUAACUCAAAAGUCCGAAGAUCAGCUUUCAGUGCCGGCUUGUCAAAGUCUUUCCCUCCACCAAAUAUCCCUAUUAAAUUUGACAAGAUUUUGUACAAUGACCAGGAAGAUUAUAAUCCUUCUACAGGCAAGUUCAAUUGCAGCAUUCCUGGAGCGUAUGUCUUUGCUUAUCACAUGACGAUCAGAGGGCGGCCUGCUCGAAUCAGCAUUGUGGCACAAAACAAGAAGAUAGUCAAAACCCGUGAAACACUUUAUGGUCAAGAGAUAGACCAGGCGUCUUUCCUGAUCAUUUUGAAAUUAAAUGCAGGGGAUCAGGUUUGGUUGGAGGUGGGACGGGAUUGGAAUGGGAUCUAUGUCAGUGCUGAAGAUGACAGCAUAUUUACAGGGUUUCUUUUGUAUCCAGAUGAUAUUUUUGAGACCCUAGCAUAA